CAUUUUGCCGAAUGGAGUGUCUGAGUCCCGACCAGCUCCUUACUCUACCGCAUUUCAAAUACGCGUUGACUUACUCGCGCUAAAGCAAAGCCUGGGACGCGGAGUGGGCUCGGUGGGACCUCCCCAACUUGGUAAAUAGUCACUGAGAGACCCUCCCACGAACCCAGCAGUGCCGCCAGGCCCCUACAGGGACCCACUAACUUGUCCGCCAGUCUGUGCCCGACUUCUCUCACCGAGUCAGUCUCCUCUUGGUGUGAGGGAAGAUCCUGCCACAAUUGACUGAUGGGAAAAUAGACUCAUGGGUCUGACAUCACCCCCAUAAACCAACACUUGAAUAAUUCAACCUAUCAGAGCCCUGGUUCUUGUCCAGAAAAAUUCCACCCCCAAAGCAAAAGAUUUCUCUGGAGGGAAAUGCUCACCCACAAACAGUCUAGGAGCCAUGUCCACCUUGUUUCCCUCCCUCUUCCCCCGUGUGACUGAAACUCUGUGGUUUAAUCUGGAUCGGCCUUGUGUGGAAGAGACAGAGCUGCAGCAGCAAGAACAGCAGCAUCAAGCCUGGCUCCAGAGCAUCGCAGAGAAAGACAACAACCUGGUACCUAUUGGCAAGCCGGCCUCAGAGCACUAUGAUGAUGAGGAAGAGGAGGAUGAAGAUGAUGAUGAGGAUAGUGAAGAGGACUCAGAGGAUGAUGAGGACAUGCAGGACAUGGACGAGAUGAAUGACUACAAUGAGUCACCUGAUGAUGGAGAGGUCAAUGAGCCUCCUCUCCAGGUGGACAUGGAAGGCAACGAACAGGAUCAGGACCAGUGGAUGAUCUAAGUAGACAAGGCAGGGUGGCCUCAGGGAGAUUCCAGGCCAACCCAACCUACCCUGUGACUCCUGCAGAACCAGCUGAUCACCCCAGUGCCUGAAAGUUCACCCUCAGGCACCUCCUCAACUGCUGCCAGGACCUGGUCUCCUUGGCCCCUCCCAGGCCAUCAACCUGCCCUUGAAUCCCCAGGACCUGAGUCCACCCUACCUUUCUGGCCAGUACCUCACCCUUUGAGGUGUAGUCUCUUUCUAACUCUCUUUAAUAAAGACACAGGACUGAUUCCUCCCUCCUCCCC